AUGAUUUCCUGGGUGUGCAUUUUUGCUUUAGUUUUGAAUUCGGUUUUCGGAAUGCCGAGUAUCGAUGUACAGAAAUUUAGAACAGACGUUCGAGAUUUGGCCAAAGAAUUGCACAAAACUUGCGUUAACAAAGCAAAUAUCGACGAAGGCACCGUGCAAAAUGUGAAAAAGGGAAUAUUCCAGAAUGAAGAUAAAUUGAAGGUUUAUUUAACAUGCGUUUGGUCGGAAUCCACUGUGCUAGAAAAUGGCAAAUUUAAUACAAAAAUAUUCAACGAUUUCCUCCCGAGUGAAUACAAAGAUGUCUCAAAGAAAGUAGCCGAUUGUUUCGAUAAAUUUUCAGGGGAGAAAUCCAUAGAAGACAGAGUGUUAAAAAUGGAAAAAUGCCGGUAUGAAACUGACCCAGAGAAUUACAUCAUGAUCUGA